UGCAUAUUGAGCCAACAUGGAUGUAUACUACGCAUACACCUACUCGACCGCAGGAUGGCUCUCACUGCAGGGACUAGCGUUGACGACCAUUCCGCAAUUGAUGUCCACGAUGCUACUGGACGAGACACGCCCGGCCACCUGUACGUGACUUACCAGGCUAUCCAUCCAUCCUGCACCGUCUCGUCUCCGUGUGUCUCCUCAUCGCUAACGACCUCAUCCACAUCCAGCGGUUGAGGUAUACUUCGCGCGCUGUCUCGGAUUCAGCCUUCUGACCGUAGCCAUGCUCACCAUCAUGCUAACGGGGUCCAUCCCGCUGUCCUCAACGGUAUCCGAUCCCGUCUCCACCGAGGAAUCCGAUCCCAAGGCCCCAUACGCCGUCCCCACGCUGAUCAUCACGUGUGCGUUCCACUCCGUGUCUGCCGCCUACGCCUACACGCGGUACGUGGACAGCAGCCAGGUUGUGUUUGCCAUUGGGAUGACGGUGUAUGGACUGGUGGCGGCCGUGGGACUCUGGUGUGUGUUGUUUGCCAGCAGCAAUGGGAGGAUUAGUCGCAAGACGGGGGCUGAUAAGCGGACUGCGGGGUUUCCGUUCAAAAAUAUGGAGGCGUCGAAGAGGCAUGCGGGGAAGAAGAGUUCGUGAGUUUUAUGGACGGAUUGGCUUUUUCUUUUCAUUAUUGUGUUUAUUGUUCAUCUAUUUUAUGGCGCAUGUCAUGGGGUCGGUCAUCGGCGAUGGGGUGAAGAGGUUCGGUAGGACAGGACAUGGAUGAUGGACGAUGGACAGACCGGGAAGAAGGGACAAUGUGAUGAAUGCUAAUGUCCACAAUGAGGACAAGAGAAUAAAUGAGGUAGCUUAUCUGGUGGCUGACCAUCUGAUCCACAUCGAUGGCGUGGUCAUCUUCAUCGUCAUCUUCAUCAAUAUCUUCAUCAUUUAUGAGCGGGGAAGUCGAUAGUACCUCGACCGGGGUUCUACCUCCAUUCCCCUCAUUGAAUACUACAUCGACAAGUACCUGAUACCUGAAUCGUUGCAUCCUAGCCGGAUCAAGAAGCAGUUUUAUCCCUGAAACCAAUAUCAAUCCUGG